AUGGGUAUCAGCGUUGACAAGAUGAAAAUGGGUGAAGUAUGUGUUAAAGGCCUAAAUUGUACUCAAGGGUAUUACAGGGAUGAAGAAAGCACAAAACAACUCAUUGACAAAGAUGGAUGGUUGCAUACUGGUGACAUUGGCAGUUGGACAAAAGAAGGUUCUUUAAAAAUUGUCGACAGGUGUAAAAACAUAUUUAAACUCUCACAAGGCGAGUAUAUUGCACCAGAAAGAUUGGAAAAUAUCUACCAACUCAGUCCAGUAGUUGAGCAAAUCUUUGUUGAUGGCAAUUCACUCAACGAUUUUCCAGUAGCUGUAGUUGUACCAAAUAUCAAAGAGUUGACUAAGCGCAUAGUGGCUAAGGCGAAUUUAAAUGACCCAUUGUUAUUGAACGGUAAUAAAGAAGAGACUGAGGUGUCUAAAUACAAUUUCAAUGAUUCUAUUCCAAUAGUAGAUACGUCAACACUAUGUUCACAGCCUGCAGCACGUAAAAUUGUUGUUUCAGAAUUAGAAAAUUUAGGAAGGAAAAGAGGACUAAAAGGAUUUGAGAUAAUUAAACGUGUUCACCUUUCUUCGUUUCCAUUCACUGUGGAAAAUGGUUUGCUCACCUCCAAUUUGAAAUUAGUGAGAUCUCGACUACGGGAAACAUUUUCAGAUAAAUUACAUUUAUUGUACGAAGAAGCGUGCUCAUAA